GGAGGGCUCCUGGGGUAACUGGACAGGGACAGAGGGACGGCGGCGGCGGUGGCCGCCGGGACUACAGCGGCGGCGGUUGGGGGAGGGGCGAACUUGAGCCCGAGCGCCUCGUCGAACCACCGGCGCGCGCUUUACGCAGGCGCAGCACGGCCCGCGUCGCGCGCUGACGCAACGACCCGCCGUUUGACCGCGUCAGGGGUGAAGUCUCCCCAGCCAUGUCCUCCACCGGCCAGGAUUCCACCACAACCAGGCAGCGGAGUAGGCACAGUCCCCACUCCCCGCCCCACGACUCCAGCGUCACCUCGGUGAGGCCCCAGACCUGCCUUGAUGAGGGGGAGGGGGAGUAUCGGGCCGUGCAUUGGACUCUGACCCUUCUCUCUGUUUGGCAGAAGCGAGGUGUUAAAAAGGUUGCCGCUCUCCGCUCCAGCCCUAAUCUAGCGGAGGUAAAGAAGAAAGGCAGAAUGAAGAAGCUUAGUCAAGAAGCCGAGCAAGACCUAGUCGUGGGGCUGCAAGGGCUGAAUCUGAGCCCGGAGGCCAGGACAUUGUCUGGCACUGGCUUGGUGGUCGAUGAGCAGCUAAAUGAAUUCCAUUGCCUCUGGGAUGACAGCUUCCCUGAAGGCCCUGAGCGGCUCCAUGCCAUCAAGGAGCAGCUGAUCCAGGAGGGCCUUGUGGAUCGCUGUGUGUCCUUUCAGGCCCGAUUUGCUGAAAAGGAGGAGCUGAUGUUGGUUCACAGUCUAGAAUACAUUGAUCUGAUGGAGUCGACCCAGUACAUGAAUGAGGGGGAUCUUCGCGUCCUAGCAGAUACCUAUGACUCAGUUUAUCUGCAUCCGAACUCAUACACCUGCGCCUGCCUGGCCUCAGGCUCCGUCCUCAGGCUGGUGGAUGCAGUCCUAGGGGCUGAGAUCCGGAACGGCAUGGCCAUCGUCAGGCCUCCUGGACACCACGCCCAGCACAGUCUUAUGGAUGGGUAUUGCAUGUUCAACCAUGUGGCGGUGGCUGCCCGCUAUGCUCAACAGAAGCAUGGCAUUCAGAGGGUCCUUAUUGUGGAUUGGGAUGUGCACCAUGGUCAAGGGACACAGUUCACCUUUGAUCAAGACCCCAGCGUCCUCUAUUUCUCCAUCCACCGCUACGAGCAAGGUCGGUUCUGGCCCCACCUUAAGGCCUCUGACUGGUCUACCACAGGUUUUGGCCAAGGCCAGGGAUACACCAUCAAUGUGCCUUGGAACAAGGUGGGAAUGCGAGAUGCCGACUACAUCGCCGCUUUCCUGCAUGUCCUGCUGCCAGUUGCCCUUGAGUUCCAGCCCCAGCUGGUCUUGGUAGCUGCUGGAUUUGACGCCCUCCAAGGGGACCCCAAGGGCGAGAUGGCCGCCACUCCAGCAGGGUUUGCCCAGCUCACCCAUCUGCUCAUGGGUCUGGCAGGAGGCAAGCUGAUCCUCUCACUGGAGGGUGGCUACAACCUCCGCUCCCUGGCUGAGGGUGUCAGCGCCUCGCUCCACACCCUCCUGGGAGACCCUUGCCCUAUGCUGGAGUUCCCUGGCGUGCCCUGCCGGAGUGCUCAGGCGUCGCUCUCCUGUGCUCUGAGAGCCCUCGAGCCCUUCUGGGAGGUCCUUGUGAGAUCAGCCGAAACCCUGGAUGAAGAGGACACUGUGGAGGGGAACAAUGUGGAAGAGAUGGAGGAGGAGGAGGGACCAUGGCUGGCCCCUGAGCUCCCAGUCUUGACUUGGCCGGUGGUGCAGACUCGCACAGGGCUGGUCUAUGACCGACAGAUGAUGGAUCACUACAACUUGUGGGACAACCACCACCCUGAGACACCUCAGCGCAUCCAGCAUAUCAUGCACCACCUGGAGGAGCUCGGCCUUGUCAGGCGCUGUCUCGCCCUGCCUGCACGUCCUGUCACCGACACCGAGUUGCUCGCCUGCCACAGUGCUGAGCACGUGGAUCGUCUGCGGGCCACGGAGAAGAUGAAGAGCCGGGAGCUGUACCGCGAGGGCGCCAACUAUGACUCCAUUUACAUCUGCCCCAGCACCUUUGCCUGUGCACAGCUGGCUGCUGGCGCCGCCUGCCGCUUGGUGGAGGCUGUGCUGGCGGGAGAGGUUUUGAAUGGCAUUGCUGUGGUACGUCCCCCAGGCCACCAUGCAGAGCGCGAUGCUGCUUGCGGGUUUUGCUUUUUCAACUCCGUGGCUGUGGCUGCUCGCCAUGCCCAGGCCAUCAGUGGGCAUGCGCUGCGGAUCCUGAUCGUGGACUGGGAUAUCCAUCACGGCAAUGGAACUCAGCACAUAUUUGAGGAGGACCCCAGCGUGCUGUACAUUUCCCUGCACCGCUAUGAUCAUGGCACCUUCUUUCCUAUGGGUGACAAGGGCGCCAGCAGCCAGAUAGGUCAGGCUGCAGGCACGGGCUUCACCAUCAACGUGGCCUGGAAUGGGCCCCGCAUAGGUGAUGCCGACUACCUGGCUGCCUGGCAUCGUCUGGUCCUUCCCGUUGCCUAUGAGUUUAACCCGGAACUGGUGCUGGUCUCAGCUGGCUUCGAUGCUGCCCGGGGGGACCCGCUGGGAGGCUACCAAGUGUCGCCUGAGGGCUAUGCCCACCUCACCCACCUGUUGAUGGGCCUGGCCAAUGGCCGCAUUAUCCUAAUCCUGGAGGGUGGCUAUAACCUGACAUCCAUCUCGGAGUCCAUGGCUGCCUGCACCCGCUCGCUCCUUGGGGACCCGCCACCCCUGCUGACCCUGCUGCGGCCCCCACUGUCAGGGGCCCUAGCCUCGAUCAGUGAGACCAUCCAAGUGCAUCGCAGAUACUGGCGCUGCUUUCGGGUCACAAAGGCCGAAGAUAAAGAAGGAGCCUCCAGUUCUUUGAUCACCAAGAAGGCACCCCAAUCAGCCAAUCCUGGGUCAGCCAAGGGGAUGACCAUGCCAGAAGAGAACAUUCUGGAGGCAGGCAUGGGGAAGGCCACGUCGGCAAUAUCUGUGAAAGAGUCCACUCCAGGUGAGACUGCAUCAGAGACAGCUGUGAUGGAGCUCACUCAGGACCAGUCAUCAGAGACAGCCACAGAGGAUGCCACACUAGACCAGACCACCUUGGAGGAGGCUGUGGGGGGAGCUGAGGUGAUCCAAAGCCCCCCACCUUCAUGCACUGACAACCAGACUCCUCCAGCCCCACCUGUGCAAGCAGUCACAGCCAAGAUAUCCCCCAGCAAGCUGAUUGGAAAUCUCAAGUCCUUGGAAAUAGACAACAAGGCUCAGGAGCCCCCAGAAGAGGAGGGGCUGCUGGGAGAGGCAGCUGGAGGUCGGGACUUGGAUGAGUUAGUACUGAUGCAGGUUAUUGGAGACCAUGCUGGUACUGCCCAGGCCAUGUUUUACGCUGUAACACCACUGCCCUGGUGUCCUCAUUUGGUGGCAAUACGCCCCAUACCUGAAGCAGGCCUGAAUGUGACCCAACCUUGUCAGGACUGUGGAGCAUCUCAGGAGAACUGGGUGUGUCUGUCUUGCUAUCAGGUCUACUGUGGUCGUUACAUCAAUGCCCAUAUGCUCCGACACUAUGAAAGCUCGGGACACCCGCUGGUGCUCAGCUAUGCCGACCUGUCUGCCUGGUGUUACCACUGUCAGGCCUAUGUUCACCACGAGGCUCUCCUAGCUGUGAAGAACAUCGUCUACCAGAACAAGUUUGGGGAGGACAUCCCCCACUCACACUAAAUUCCAGAAUUUGUGCCUCUUCUCUACCUUCUGAGGCCCAAGAUAAGACCAGCCUUAGUUCAUUCCAAGUUCCAUCCCAUCCUGAAGACCCUUUACCACUCCCCUAGGGUACUGAUUUAAGUUUAAAUAUUCAUGAAGAGGACUGUAAUAAUCAGUUAUAGAUCUCCCCCUGCCACUGCCUGCUCAAAGGACUCCAUCUACUCUGCCCCAGAAGGAAAGGGGGGCAGUUCACUGACCCCAAGAGGGGCCUGAUAUAAAGAUGAUACUUCAGAGGGAGGGGGGAUCAAUUGGCAGGUAUGGCAGGGUUGCACAUCUAAUAAAGUACAAGCUGUUACAAA